AUGUCGACCAGGCCUCCGGCCAAAGCGGGUUACUGGUACUUCGGUGGUUUGGCUAGCGCUAUGGCUGCCGCAGUCACUCAUCCCCUGGAUUUGUUAAAGGUCCACCUUCAGACCCAGCAAACUAAAGAGUUUGGUAUGAUCCGAAUGGGGGUGCGAGUGUUUAAGAGUGACGGUAUUCUGGGUCUCUACAAUGGCCUUAGUGCUUCUCUUCUCCGACAGUUCACGUACUCCAUGACACGUUUUGGUGUCUACGAGUCUUACAAGAACUCUGUCGGUCGGAAGAUGUCUUUUGCCGAAAGUGGCGGCAUUGCUAUGUUCGCUGGUUUCGUUGGCGGUAUUGUGGGUAACCCCGGCGAUAUGGUUAAUGUCAGAAUGCAAAAUGAUGUCAAGGUCCCCCCCGCCCAACGUAGAAACUACAAACAUGCUAUCGAUGGUCUUAUCCGUGUGGCUCGUGAAGAGGGCAUUACUGCUCUUUUCAAUGGCGUUUCUAUGACUGCAACUCGGGCCACAUUCAUGACUUUCGGGCAGUUAGCUUUCUACGAUACUUUCAAGAGCAUGCUUUUAGCUACUGGAUUCUUCUCCGAUAAUCCGGUUACGCACUUUUCCGCCUCUAUUGGUGCUGCUGGUGUCGCCACUUGCAUGACUCAGCCGUUCGAUGUCAUGAAGACGCGUCUCAUGAACGCCCCACCCGGCAAAUACUCGGGUCUGGCUGCCUGCGGCCUUGACGUGUUGCGCACGGGUCCGCUCGGCUUCUUCAAGGGUCUCGUUCCCGCUUUCAUCCGUCUUGGUCCACAAACUGUUCUCACUUUUAUUUUCUUGGAACAGUUGAAGGCUAAUUUCGGAUACAUCCCCACUGACACCAAGCCCAAGGCGUAA